UAUGCCAAAAUUUCAAGGAGAAGGAUGCUGUUCAGAUUUUUGUCAUAGAAUUUGAGCGAAUUCCCAUCACUAACGUCGAUAUUAUGGGCACUCAAACAUAAGCCUUAUCUCUUCCUCUCUCUCUCCUCUGUUUCUCUCUCAUGGCUUCGUCGGCAGCCGGUGACCCCUCCGCCGACGAGCCAGUCACCCCGGCAGGCCGCCUCUUCCUCCAGCCCGAAAUGAACCAAAUAAUCAACUGCGCCAUCGGAUUCCAAAACCCCAUAAACAUCGACUUAAUCAAAUCCACCCUCCAAAACUCUCCCCUCCUCUCCAACCCCAGAUUCUCCAGCCUCCUCGUCCGCGACUCCGACGGCCGCGAGCACUGGCGGAAGACCCCCCACGUCGACAUCGACCGCCACGUCAUCGUCCUCCACGAACCCCUCACCACAUCACCCGUUGACCACGAGACAGCGGUCAACGACUACUUGGCCGAGCUCUGCACCGGCACCGGCCUCCCCGCCGACAAGCCGCUCUGGGAAUUCCACCUCCUCAUGGCCCACAAGUGCGGCGUUGUUCGAAUCCACCACGCCCUGGGCGACGGCGUGUCGCUCAUGGCCUUAUUGGUGGCUGGUUGCAGAAGAGCUGGGGACGAAGUAAAGAUCCCGACUUUUCCUGGGAAGAGAAACAGAGCGAGUAAGGAAAAGGGUUGGUGGGCUAUGGUGAAUGGGUUUUGGGGUAUGAUGUGGUUUAGCUUGAUAUUUGUUGUGGAGUUUGUGAUGAGGAGCUUGUGGGUUUGUGACGGCAAGACGGAGAUUAGCGGCGGCGAUGGGGUUGAGCUCUGGCCGAGGAAGCUGGCCACUGCUCGGUUCCGGCUUCAGGACAUGAAGCUAAUCAAGAACUCUGUUCCAGAUGCGACCAUCAAUGAUGUUCUUAUAGGGGUGAUCUCCGCAGGGCUAUCAAGAUAUCUAUAUCACCGAAAUCCAAACGGUUUGCGUGACGGGACUCGAAUGACGGGGAUAGGCAUGGUCAAUUUAAGAAGGGAAGCUGGACUGCAGGAAUUAUCCGAUUUGAUGAAAGAAAAUUCGGGGUCGGGUUGGGGUAACAAAUUCGGCAUGAUGCUCCUACCGGUUUACUAUCAUAAAAGCGGUGGUGACCCUUUAGCUUAUUUGAGGAGAGCCAAGGCUAUGCUUGACAGGAAGAAGCAAUCUCUGGAGGCUCAUUUUUCAUACGCAAUCGGACUUUUUGUAAUGACCUACUUCGGAGCAAAGGUUGCUAGCUGGCUAAAUUACAGGAUUGUUUGCCAUACUACCUUCACUAUCUCGAAUGUACUUGGCCCCCAAGAAGAAAUCACACUUGGAGGCAACCCAAUUACUUACCUAAGAGUGAAUAAUUCCAGCCUGCCUCAUGCACUCACAAUGCACAUGAUGAGCUAUGCUGGAGGAGCAGAUAUGCAAAUUGUGGUGGCCAAAGAUAUCAUCCCGGACCCGGUGUUUCUCGCAAAGUGCUUUGAGGAGGCCUUGAUUGAUAUGAAGGAAGCAGUUGCAGCUACCCAUAGAACAUAAGGACCUCUAUACAGAGGUUUAAUAUGAAAUGCAGGGAGAUUAGUGUUAGAUUUCAUUGGAAUGUAGAUUACAAAACUGGGUAGUGAAACUCAUACGCCUACUAAUCUAGGUAUAUGUACCAAAAGAAAAAACAGAAAAUGUAGAUUAUAAAACAGCUUCUGGUUUUGUGAUUAGAGACUCCUGAGGUUUGCCUUUA